CCUAAUUGGUGAACCACAAGUCCGGUGCAUGUCACGCUGCAAAGCGUGGACUUGAACCACGCGCAGAAUUGUAGCCUAGCCAUUACUUCAAAUCGUACGUUUGAUAGGGAUAAUAGGAAUAGGAUAAUCUACUGGUACAGUGAGGGGAGGGUAAGGCGACUUUUUCGUUGAAAGCUCUCAGACAAAACAAUCUCCCACCAUCUUCCUACCAACGUUCUAAAUUGUGCAAUUCAUGAACUACUGAGAACCUCUGAAUUAUUUCCACGUGAUUGUCUGGUUAAACGACUUUGGAGUCCAUCGAGGAGGUGCUUUUUUCGGGGGGUGGGAGGGAUGCGCUACCGGUUUGUAGCUGGACCAUAACUGCACGAGGUUUGCUCAAAGAGGUUGGAAUAAACGGAACGGAGAAUAGGAUUCGGUUACACAAUAGCGCGCCCUGAAACAGAGCUGCUUAACAAAAGGAACCCGACUUGGCUUUUAACGAAAAUUAAAGGCUGUCUCCCAGUGAAAAAAGUGGAUUCGCUUUGUAGGUGUUUGUGUGUGUGUGUGGAGCCGGCUGCUGGGGAACAGAGGGAGGAAUACGCAGAAGAUGAGGAAGAGCAGGAGCGUUCUGACGGUGUCGCCCAACGAUGACUGUAAAGAGCCUCUGGACACGGGUGUCAGUGAGUACUCCUGUACGCUGGGCGUGGAUCUACGACGGGGACGCCGGCGUUUCUCCGGCAACCUACAGUUGCCCUCGUUGUCGUGGCGACAGGCCGAGAGGUCGCGAACCCCCGACAAUGACUGGGUUGUCCGGCCCACCUUCCUCCCCUUCUGCCCCCCGCCCCGCAUCGACAUUACGCCGGUUGACCCCGAGUGCUUUGAUGUGGAGAAUGGCCCAUCAGCCAGCUGUAGUCCGCUGGACCCGACUGCCUCCCCCGGGUCGGGCCUGGUCCUACACAACAAUUUCCCCGGACACAACCAGCGCCGCGAGUCCUUCCUGUACCGCUCUGACAGUGACUAUGAACUGUCGCCCAAGUCGAUGUCCCGCAACUCAUCCAUCGCAUCCGAACUACAUGGUGAUGACCUGAUAGUAACCCCCUUUGCUCAGGUCCUCGCAAGCCUUCGAAGUGUAAGAAACAACUUCACCGUCCUGACCAAUGUCCAGUGUCCCUCCAACAAGAGGUCCCCUGCAGCCACUCAACCUCCAGUUACCAGAGUCUGUCUGCCAGACGAGUCGUACCAGAAGUUGGCCAUGGAAACCAUGGAGGAGUUGGACUGGUGUCUGGACCAGCUGGAGACCAUCCAGACCUACCGCUCUGUCAGCGACAUGGCCUCCAACAAGUUCAAGAGAAUGUUGAACCGGGAGCUGACGCACCUAUCAGAGAUGAGUCGCUCCGGCAACCAGGUGUCUGAGUUCAUCUCCAACACCUUCCUAGACAAACAGAAUGACAUGGACAUGCCGUCGGUAACUCCCAAGGAGAAGGCCGGUCGGGAGAAGAAGAAAAAGCAGCAGCUGAUGACCCAGAUCAGCGGAGUGAAGAAGGUCUCCCACGGACCAUCCCUCUCCAACUCGUCCAUCUCCCGCUUCGGGGUCAAGACGGACAAGGAGGACUUGCUCUCCAAGGAACUGGAGGAUCUGAAUAAAUGGGGACUGAACAUCUUUACCGUGUCGGAGUACUCGGAACACAGACCUCUCACCUGCAUCAUGUACGCCAUCUUCCAGGAGAGAGACCUCCUGAAGACGUUCAAGAUACCCACGGAUACAUUUGUGGCGUAUAUGAUGACUCUGGAGGAUCACUACCAUGGAGAUGUGGCCUACCACAACAGCCUUCAUGCUGCAGAUGUGGCCCAGUCCACGCACAUCCUGCUCUCCACACCUGCCCUUGAUGCAGUCUUCAGUGAUCUGGAGAUAUUGGCGGCCAUCUUCGCCGCAGCCAUCCAUGAUGUGGACCACCCAGGUGUGUCCAACCAGUUCCUCAUCAACACCAACUCCGAGCUGGCCCUGAUGUACAACGAUGAGUCGGUCCUGGAGAACCACCACCUGGCCGUGGGUUUCAAGCUGCUCCAGGAGGACAACUGUGACAUCUUCCAGAACCUGACCAAAAAGCAGAGGCAGAGCCUGAGGAAGAUGGUCAUCGACAUGGUCCUGGCCACAGACAUGUCCAAACACAUGAGUCUGCUGGCUGACCUGAAGACCAUGGUGGAGACCAAGAAGGUGACCAGCUCCGGGGUCCUGCUGCUGGACAACUACACCGACAGAAUACAGGUUCUGAGGAACAUGGUUCACUGUGCAGAUCUCAGUAACCCCACCAAGUCUCUGGAGCUCUACCGCCAGUGGACAGACCGCAUCAUGGAUGAGUUCUUCCACCAGGGGGACAGAGAGAGGGAGAGAGGCAUGGAGAUCAGCCCCAUGUGUGACAAACAUACAGCUUCAGUGGAGAAAAGCCAGGUGGGUUUCAUAGACUACAUCGUCCACCCCCUGUGGGAGACCUGGGCCGACCUAGUACACCCCGACGCACAGGACAUCCUGGACACUCUGGAAGACAACAGGAACUGGUACCAGAGCAUGAUCCCCCAGAGCCCCUCUCCUCCCUGGGCCACAGAGCAGGGGGAGCAGGAAGGAGGCGACGGGGGACAGGGGGGAGACAAGUUUCAGUUUGAACUCACCCUUGAGGAGGAGGACUCUGAGGGUACCGAGAAAGAUGAACAGAGCCAGGGGGAUGAUGAGGAGGAGGAGGACAGUCUUGGGGAGGCGUCUCGGUCUCCAGUGGACUACUCUGACUGUCAGGAUCCAGAGGAAUGCAUGGAGCCCACAUCAUCAAUAGAGAUCAUUACCCACGAUGCAUCACCCACAGACACAUAAUGGGCUCUGCUGCACCGCAAUGGUGGUUGGUUUCAUGUUUUAAACAGGAAUCUUCUGCAGAUGAAAAUUCCGCAGGUGUGCUUUUUAACAAGCCCAAGGGGGUGCUUAGUUUGAGCCCAGAUAGGGGCGUCAGUUUCAACACCUCCUUAUCCUUGCACUUGUGUUAGGAGUCGGCGACAGAGGGAGCGUUUCGGUAGGGCGGCUAUGGAGUUCUCAGGAAAAAUGCUAAACAUUUUGGACCUGAUGGACAUACAGGCCUCUGAGGAAAUUAAAUGAAGGACUUGGGCCAAUAUGGAAAACUGUUGUUUUUCCAUCCCAACUGGCGUCUGAAAUGUUGACACUACUACUGAGAGAACUUUUGUACCUUGUGAUUUUUUUUUUUUUUUACUGAAAUGGGAUGUCAAGAGGUAGAAUAUGAUCUACUGAUUGAACAUGCGUUUGUUUAGAAAGAACUGUUUACUUUUUUCCUGUAUUUGUCAAAGGACCUUUGUGUGCCUUUUUUACUAUUGUCUUUUUAAUCCUUUUUUAUUUUAUUUAUUGAACACAUUUUAGUAUGUCUUUUUUUUUUCUUCUAAAUAGUUUUCAGAAAGCUCAAGAGCAAAAUGCUUUUAUAUUUCAGACAACCAGAAUAGUCUUCCUUACUAGUAUUGGGCAAUAGAAGAAAAACUAAACUAACUUAAACAAACAGUUGUUGGACAAACUCAUCAAAUACUAAAUACAUGACUUCCCAUAAUAAUGUAUGCACAUUCUCUCAUCUUUUUAAGUCUCAUCCCGAGAACAACAUGCAUUUCUGCAUGGAAAUCAUGACUCAUGUUACCUGUCUACGUUAUUGCUUCAUAUGUCAGACCUGACUGUAGACCAAUGAUUCACAAAUAGAAGCUCACUUCCUCAAAAAUGAUACAACCUAAGUUAGUUCUUCUUCAUCAAUCUGUUUCUUCUGUUUCUCCUUGCACACCCCCCCCUUCAUGGCUCAAACCCCGAUAAUGCCCAGACGCCUAAGAAAUGUCAACCAAAUGGACAGAAAUAGCAGUUGGCAGCCAAAGAAAAUGAGGGGGAAAAAUUUAAAUAAAACCUGGAAAUCUAUUUCUAGCUCCCUUUUGAGGUUUCCUGCUGUUUUCGACCAAAUUAUUCCAGAACCCAGCUGGUUCUGAUGAUGUAACAAAUAAAAAAAGACCCAAUCAGAUGAUCUAAGGUUGCCCUAUCUAGAAAGACAGUCACACCUUGUUAGUGCUAUUAUCAUAAUGUCAAAUUGACCCCUAAAACAAUUAGAUCAGCUAUUCCUUACUGUACCUAAAAAGAACUGAAGGGAGUGACUAGCUGUCCAUUGACAUAAAUAUGAAUCUUCCCGCACACUGUUUCACAUUUCCUUGGAAGCACAGGGACAUUAUCAGGAUCUUCUGAACAAAUUCGGGCACUAACAAACUGUAGAGCCUCUGCUGCAGAAACCAAACCAGAAAGACUUAUUCUGAGCAGCCGAGGAUGAUAACAUACAUAAGGCUUUCUACUCUAGAUACGCGACAGAGAUACCAAACCAAAAGGCCCCAGACUGUGUAAUUGAGUGUAGCUGUGAGUCAGCAUUAAACCACCCCUGAGGGUCUGCUAGGCAGAUCUCCCCUUAGGCCUCCAAGACUGCUUUCCAUGUUGGCUUGUUCAGCAUCCAACGCCAAUACUCCAUUAUUCUCCGUUACUGACAUACUCAAAAGGUACAUCAAUUACCUUGGUGUCUAUACCCUCACUCCAGCAGACUUAAAUGGCAAUCGUGUCUGUUGUGUGUGUCUGGUGCGUGCGUGCGUGCGUGUGUGUGUGUGUGUACGUUUUGUGCGAGGUAGUGUGUGGGCGUGUUGACUGUCACAUGGCCUACCCUGGCUCCGCAUGACACUUACUGUUUGUCACUAGAGCUCAAGUUGGUCCUUUGCUGUUUAUAACAGUGUAUUUAUUAGUUUCAGCUGUACAUAAGAAUACUGUUUUAGUCAGUGUAAAUCUAUUUUAAUUUAUAUGCACUUGCAUUACCUGGAAGUGGUGGUGUCUACUGUGUACAAGGCUCUGCAUCUGAGUCUUUUUAUAUUCUGUAUUAUAAUGUCGGUUUUUAUAUUAUAUAAUAAGUAAAUAUAUAUUCGCACAAAUGUUUGAGUGCCCUGAGCAGCAGCUAGACACAUACGUAAACUAUAGGUUGACAUAAAGGACACAUUGAGAUCUGGGUAGAGCUACUAGACAGGACAGCUGUGGAGAAGACAAGCUUUAUACCGUAGUCUGUCACUAGGCUUGGUAUCAAUGGAAAUCGACAUAUCCUGACUCUCUCAGCAGCUUGUAGUUGGCUAGUAACCAGGUUCCUCUGUAAAUGGCAUUUUAAACGCAGAUUGAUGAUUUUGGGUUCAACAACAGCAGCACGAAAUAACAAGGAAAUGUGUCAUCUCCUUUACACCUCACACUUACUUCCAUGUAAAGUAGUUCAAGGGGAUCAUUGGUGGCAUGCUACAAUAUCUCUGAGCACUAACGUGAGUUGUUACAAAAAUGUGAUCUUCUUGUAAUUGAUCGUGCUAAUGUGAACUAUUUUUAUCUGACCAAAACUUGUUAGCAGUUUUGAAAUUCUAAUUUCUCAUCGGUAUAACAUUGUUAAUCUAUGUUCCAGCUUUUGGUCCGAGUUGUGUCCAAAUGAUUAGCCAGACUUAGCACUAUCUGCAUGAGAGAUGGGGUUUUUAUAUGUCUGUUAAAUACCUACUUAGUGCGUUAUGGUCGCAGGCGGACUUAGUAAAUGUUUCACACAAGGUAUGGUAUAAUAUUGUAUAUUGUGUUCAUUUAUCUGAAAAUCUGAAAUACUUUUUCUAUGAAGUGAUUAAAAAACAAAGCAUGAAAUGUA